AAAUCAAGUCGUAAAAUGCAGCAAAACAUUUGAUGCGAUAUAAUAGCCUGGACAAAUUAUAACAUAUGGUAUAUAAAACCUUACAGACGAAAGAUCACCAGAGGAAAUCUAGAAUAACUUACAAUACCAAAAUAUGAUGAAUCGAGUGCUUAUUUUGACAGUACUUGUAUCUGUCUCCACGGAAGCACAACGAUGGGAAAGAACGAAGAGAGAACAACUCUGGCUAAAAAAGUUAAGUAAUUUCUCAAAGGAAUAUGAAGACGCAAUUUUGCUACCAGAAUGCACAAACUCGAUGAAGCCUAACUGCACUGUUGCUGCAAGUUUCUGGGACAAAGAUGCCGUAAUUGCUGUUGAUGGUCUAAACUCCGGUCAUGGUAGAGAAGGCGUCCAAAAAAUAUUGGAACAAAAUCGAGGCCAUGGUCCUGAUACAUAUUUCUCCGUUCAUUGGUAUUACUGUAAAGGGAGUCGUAAAGGUGUUGCAUUAUAUGGAGUUGGUACGGUGUAUUCAAAUGAUAAGAGGGAGAUACUCGAAGAGUGGCGAGUAUUGACUUUUUUCCGGAGUUACAAUGACGGAGGAUGGAAAAUCCAGUAUUCAUUUGAGCUGAAGGGUGGAGAUCCUCAUGCGGCAAACAUGUAAAUGACCAAUCCAGAACGUUAUAGCAACCUUUAAAAAUGAAAUUACAUUUAAAAUGUAAACAUCCAUUUAGUUUUAAAUUACAUUUUGAAAAAUAUUAUUUGGGUUCUUUACUAGGUUUGUGUUUGUCAUUUUUUUCACUUAAAGCCAUAUAAGAAGAUGUGAAAUGCUAAUUACUAACUGAGCCGAAAAGUCAGCUCUCAAAUCACCAUAUGGUUACAAUUCAACUUAAGGAAUCUGCAUUGUGUAAGACCUUCACAGACCUACUAUAUCAAAAGAAGAAAAAUGUGCUUCCUACUCAAAGUCUAUUUGGAUUUCCCAUGCAUAAGUCAUGUGACCAAUAUCCAGAAUGAGGCCUCUGCGAAAAACAGUUGAGGAAUUCAUACACAGUUUUUGAUGAUGUCAUCCAUGUCAGUACACAAUCCUAGAAGUAGACGAAAUCAAAACAUAUUUCAGUAAUCAACUUCAAAAUGAUAAAUCUCUGAUAUCCUUCAAUAUAAUAUGUUGAAGUUAUCCUCGUG